UGAUAAAAGGGUUUGUCGUUUAUAUGAAAAAUAGGUCAAACAACAAACAAUAUAAGUGAAGAUUCGUGCAGGCAUUAAAAACAUCUCCAGAUUUCUUCUUGCAGUUUCCUGUGAAAUAGUUCCUGGAUCCUGCAGCAGGAACUGGAUUCCUGUUACAGGAAAUAAAGUGCAGAACUAAUGCGACGGUUGCGUCCUGGGCUGCGGUGUCACAGACAGGACUGGGAUUUCUCACUGCAGACAUGUCCAGCCCGCUGCAGCGCAUGGAUGCUUAUCAUCCACUAGAGGACGACCGCAAAUUCAAAUGCAAUGUAUGUGGGCGUGGCUACAGACACGCCGGCAGCCUGACCAAUCACAGACGGACUCAUGAAGUGGGUUCGUUCCUGUGCUCCAUCUGUGGGAAAGAAAACUGGAACGCCUCGGCCAUGAAGAACCACCUGCGCAGCCACGCCUCGCUUAGGAAGUACUCCUGUGCCGACUGCGGGAAAUGUUUUCGUCUGGCGGCGCAGCUGCAGACGCACCAGACGGUUCAUCUGCCCCGCAGAUCCACACUGGGCAGUGAAUGCGACCAGCAGCCUGAACGUAACGAGGAUGCAGACAUCGCUGCGAUUCUCACGUCGCAGCCGGAGCGCCGCAGCGUGGCGCCAAAGAGACCCUUUCGCUGCGACCAGUGUGGGAAGUCCUACAUCCACCAGCGCAGCCUGACCAAUCACAAGAAGAGCCACCAGCUGGGCGAGUUUGAAUGCACCGUCUGCUUUAAGCUGUGUGGCAACAUGGCCGCCCUCUACAGCCACCAGAGGAUCCACAGGGCGCGAGGCGAGAUGGAUCAGAGUGCGGCUACCGGGUCAGAACCGGACCUGUUCCAGAACCAGAAACGGGAAACUCCAGAGAAUUUCUGCCUCCUGUGCCAGGUGUCUUUUCCUGGAAACAGAGAAUUCCAGGAGCACAUCCGGCUGCACAGGUCUUCGCCUGAGCCGGAUGUUUCCCUACCAGAUUCCGGCUUCAGUCCGUCUGCUGCAGAGGUUCUACAGAACUUUGAUCUGAGUGGGUUUGACGGUCCGGAUGGUACAGACGCCACGGUAAUCAGCGCAUCACGGAGCGCUGUAAAAGAAGAAACGUCCCCUCCGGAUCCGGAUGAGAGACCCUUCAGGUGUCACACCUGUGGGAAGAGCUACCGUCACUCCGGGAGCCUCAUCAACCACCGGCGCUCCCACCAGGUGGGCGCGUUCCGCUGCACCGUGUGCAGGAAGCAGUACCCCCACCUGGCCGCCCUCAGGAGCCACCUGCGCCUCCACCGACAGCGGCGGCCAUCUUCCCGGCCGCGGCGGCCAUCUUCCCGGCCGCGGCGGCCAUCUUCCCGGCCGCCCACAGAGCAGAGCUGGCUCUGCCCGGAGCCUCUGAGCCAGCAGAACCAGACCGGGUUUGGAUCAGAUCAGGAAAACAUGGCCGCCGACCACACCGGCAGCGAAACGUUCUCCACUCAGGGUCUCUGCUCCCAGGUUGCCAUGGCGACGCACAUGUGCGCGGACUGCGGCGAAACGUUUGCAGACGUAGCCGGGGUCAAAUCCCACAGCUGCAUCCUGCUGCACCAACACACACCCUGCAGCUUAACCCUCGACCCCAGGGACGCUCAGAGCCCGGAAACAACAGAGUUCAACUACUUUGAGCAGGGUUGCCAUGGGAACAGCGCCGGAGAAGUCGAGGAUCCCGACGAGGACGAUGAUUAUCAGUGCUCAGUGUGCGGGAUCAGCUACAGCAGCAUGGUGGCCCUCAGGAGCCACCUGAGGGGCCACACCCAGUCUGACGGCGCUCUGCAGGGCGCCGACCCCCCACAACCAGAGUCGGGGGAGAUGAUGAUCUGCAGUAGCUGCGGUGUCUCCUGCAUCAGCUACAGCCACCUCAGCAGCCACGACUGCGCAGCCGAGCAGGAAGUUAAGGUCUCCGAGGAGGAGGAGGAGCUGAGGCCCGGUGGCGGCGGCGGCGGCGGCGUGGAGCGCCAGCAUCGGUGUGAUCAGUGUGGGCGGUCGUAUCGCCACGCCGGCUCGCUGCUCAACCACAAGAAGUCCCAUAAAACGGGCGUGUUCAAGUGCUCUGUCUGCCAGAAACGCUUCUACAACCUGCUGGCGCUGAAGAACCACCAGAGGUCACACUUUGACCUCAAGAGGUUUGCCUGUCAAGAAUGUGGAAAAGCCUUCAAGCUCCAGAAGCAGCUGCUGAACCACCUAAGAAAACACAAACAGAACCGAGCCAGAACCCAGGAUCUGAGCGAUCCAGUCCAGGGUGUCCGGCCGGAGGGACGAUGGCGGCAGGCGGCAGCACUGGACGGCGAGAAGCGGCCGUUCUCCUGCGACCAGUGUGGCCGGACGUACCGCCACGCCGGGAGCCUGGCCAACCACAGGAAGUCCCAUCAGACGGGCGAGUUUUCCUGCUCCGUCUGCAGCAACGUUUACUGCAACCAGCUGGCCUUGAGCAACCACCUGAGGAUCCACCUGGCCAAGAGGCUCCUGUGCCAGCGCUGCGGCAGAGGCUUCCGGGGCCCGGCACAGCUGCAGGCGCAUGUCUGCGCUGCGCUCAGACCGAAGGCCGCCGCAGGCCGGACGGGCCUCAGGUCCAGGAAGCCCUCCUACCAGCAGGCGGCGCCGUCCUGUGAGGAAGAGGAGCGGCCGUUCAGGUGCGACCUUUGCCCCCGCAGCUACCGGCACGCCGGCUCGCUGCUCAACCACAAGAGGACGCAUCAGACGGGCGAGUUCAGCUGCACCGUCUGUGCCAAGCGCUUCACCAACCGCGCGGCGCUGCGCGGCCACGCCCGCAUCCACAGGAACAGGAAGUACGUGUGUACGGCGUGCGGGAAGGCCUUCCGCCGCGCCAGCGUCCUGCAGAACCACCAGCGGCUCCACGGACCGGCGCCGAGCUUCCAGAGUCAGACCGGGCUGAAGAGGCAGCGCCGCCUCAGGGGUCAGGAGGUCACAGCGCCCCCUGGAGUCCAGGAAGAGACAGAACAGAAGUGCUUCAGGUGUGACCUGUGUGGGCGCUCGUACCGCCACGCCGGAUCGCUGCUCAACCACAAGAAGUCCCACGCUGCAGCGCUGCACCAGUGCAACUUCUGCCUGCAGACGUUUCCCGACGCCGUCGGCCUGCAGCUGCACGCCCAGAUCCGCCGCCAGUGCUGCUCCGAAUGCGGCAAAACCUUCUGCCUGGCGGCUCACCUGCAGAGCCACAUGGCGGCUCACGCCAGGAAGCCAGCCGCCGCCGCCGGGUCAGAGCGCCGCGCCGUGGAGAGCAGCAUUACACACGACGACCUGCAGAGCGAGGACAAGAGCCACGUGUGCGAGCACUGCGGCCGCGCCUACCGCCACGCCGGAUCGCUACUCAACCACAAGAACAGCCACAAGACGGGCCGCUUCUCCUGCGCCGUCUGCCGCAAGGAGUUCUCCAACCUGAUGGCGCUGAAGAACCACCGCCGCAUCCACACCGAGCCCCGGCGCUACCAGUGCCUGACCUGCGGCAAGGCGUUCCGCGUCUCCACGCAGCUCGUCUGCCACCGCCGCAUCCACACCAAGGAGAAGCCGUUCGGCUGCCAGCGCUGCGGGCAAACCUUUUCCAGCAAGUCCAACCUGAGGCACCAUCAGAAGCUGCACCAGAGCGCCGCGCAGCUGAGCAGCGCCGGCGCUUUCCUGGACCUGGAGGCCUUCCUGUGACAUCAUGCUGCAGCACAGGAUGUCAGGAUGAGGAUUACUGCAGACACAAAUACAUCAUACCUCACCGCCGCCAUCUUGGAUGUGGCACAUGGAGCGGUAGAACAAGAUGGCUGACGUUUUGCAUUACAGAUCAGAUCCAGUGAUAGAAUAGAAACAUAUUUAUGAUACAAAAAAAGUACAUUUCUGCCAAAACACUGAGAAAUUUUGAGAUUAAUCUUAAUUUCAGAAAAAUAACUCAGAA